AUGCCUCCAGAGGGAAUCGCACUUGACGUUUUCAACUUGAUAAAAAUCCUACGCGUCGACUGCACAGCCACCAUGUCUCAUUCGUGCCCCGCAACCAUCGAAGCCGGGGACGAGGCCAUCUACAGCAAGUUCACCAUCAAGGGCGCGAUGUGGAACAACCCCGCCGACCACGACGAGGGUACCGUCCCGAUCGUCUUCACCGCAGACGCCGAUGUCUCCCUCCCGAGGUUCUCGUCUGUGGACAAAGGACUCACCCUCCUCUACAACACUUUCAAAGGCGGCUUUGACACGUUCCGUGGCAACAUUGGCAAUGGCACUAUCUUCAUCAGGACGGGGAAAGGGAUCGUGAUCAAGGGAAAAAUCCAUGGUGGUCCGGAUGACGGACAGGACAUUGUAGGCUCUGGGACUUGGAUAGAAGCGUGA